AUGUUGGUAGAACUAAUUAUAAAUAUUUUGAUAAGAACUAUUAAAAUAAUAUUUAGUACAAAUGAUACAGAUGAUGAUAGUGAAAUGAAAUUAAUAUAUGAAAUAGCAGAGUUUAUGAUAAAAAUGGGAUCAUCCAGAGGAGCAUAUUCUUCAAAUGAAGAUAGAAGUCAAAUUACCUCUAAAACUAAAAAUGAUGAUCACAAUUAUUGUAAACAAAAACUUCAAUUUAUUGAAAUAUCAGAUGAUAAAAUAGAAAUAAAUAAUCAAGUACAAAUCGAAAAAACACAACAAAAAAAUGAUCUUCAAUUCAUAAAAGAAACUGAUAAAUCUGAAUUGGUUAACCCAAAAUAUGAUUUACCAAAUCCUUCCACAGAUCAAAAAAAUUUGCAAGAUAUUAGAAACAAUCAAAUGAUUACGAAAGAAAAAAAAUCAAAUGAUUUAACUGAAGAAAAAUCUACUUAUGUUUCUAAAAAAUCUUAUAAAAGAACUGCAAAAAGUAAUAAAGGAAGAGGUAUUAAGAAAAGAAAGAUUGAUUCAAAAAUCUAUAAUAAAACAAUGUCUGAAUAUUCAGAAAAGUAUUCUUGUGAAGAAAUACACGAAUCAGUAUUUUUUAUAAAUGAUGAGAGUGUUUCUAAAUAUAAAUCAAAAAAAUUUAAAAAUUAUAUUGUAGGACAGUAUUCUCAACUUGAAAAAUCUUCUUAUUUUUUAAAUUUAUUAGAAAGGUCAAACUUAAUGAUUUGUGUUUUUAACGAAUUUAACUUUUAUGAUAAAGAAGAUGUUAAAACCGUUGAAUUGAAUGCUCGUUAUCAAAAAGUUAAAGAAUUUGAUCAUAGUUUUAUAAAUACUUCUAGAAAAUUUUUAGAAAGGAUAGCUUUUUUUAUUGAAGUUUAUUAUAGAUAUAAAAAUGCAAUAUGGUUAUUUCGACAUGAUAAAAAAUAUAAACAAAGUUUAAACUAUGUAUUAAAUAAAGCAAAAUUAAUAGACAUUGAAUUACCAGAAAUAGAAUUUAUAGAGGGUGAAAAUCACAACAUGCUUUUAUUAAAAGGAUUAAUAACAAUUAUUAUUGAAGCACAAAAAAUUGUUUUAAAAGAUUUUUUAGAAACUCCUUCUGAUGAAAUCCUUUCUUAUAAAAUAUUUUCUGAUAUACAAUUUAACGAAUUAAUUAUUAAACUAGAUAAAAUGAUUAAACCAAAAUUAAAAGAAAAAAAUUCAAAAGAAAAAAAAUUUUUUAAUAAGCUUUAUAAAGAAUUUUUAAAUCCAAUUCUUAAAUUAAAUAAGGAAAAAAAAUUAUAUUUAAAUAAAGGUCCACUAAAAAUCAAAAAAAGAUUUUGUGAUAAUUAA